AAAUUGACUAAAAAUGAACGAUAAAUAUCGUUAACUUCGAAAUUUUAAAAACGUAACCUAACAAUUGAACCUGAGGCAGGUUGAACGGCCUUACAGCACCGCCAUGGGAAGUAGAAGGAAAGCUCUUCUCGAGCUCUCCCACUAUUUGAACAGCCUCUCAUGUCCAACGAAACGUUCCUCUUUCCACAAUCCGGUAAUCUCCUUGAACGCUUUCUUAGCUUCUCGAUAUUUUUCCUCUUCCUUCUCCAGAACCUCCGAAACGGAAAAUGAUCGACCGCCACGAACGGACAGAGAAGCGAUGCUUCUUGAAAAGUUCAGGAACAGGAAACUCAAAGGCUCGUCGAAUAUCUCGAGAGAAUCAUUGAGUUCUAACUCUGCUGUGAAAGGGAGUGGGAACGGAGGUGAGAAGGUGAUGACAGGUUUCAAGGAGUUGGGGCUUUAUAAUGAAGUGGCGGAGGCUGCGGAAGGGAUGGGAUUCUUUGUUCCUUCUGAGUUGCUUUGUGUAGGGAUUCCAGCUCUUUUGGAAGGGAAGAAUGUGGUAUUGGGAUCUCUUUAUGGACCAGAAAGGGCUUUAACUUACUUGUUGCCUCUCAUUCAGAAUCUAAAAAGAGAUGCAAAAUCAAAUGGUGUAAGGUCCAAGCAUCCCCGAGCCUUCGUUAUGUGCUCAACCACGGAGCUAUCUGACGAGGUGUUUCAGAUGGCGAAGUUCAUCAGCAAUUACAAGCAGUUGAAAACUGCAAAGGACAAUGGUUUUGGAAAAUUAGAACUUCAGAAUGGUGCAUCAGAUGUCUCGAUCGGCCUGUUAAUCGGCACCCCUAAUGAGGUCUCUGAACUCAUUGAAGACGGGAGCAUGGUUUCGGAUGAAAUCAAGUACUUGGUAUUGGAUGAGUUGGACACAAUGUUCGACCUAGGCUUUGGCCCCAACAUUAAAAAGAUUUUAACUUCAGUAAAACAAUCUACAUCAAGACACUGCAAUCAAAAGUGUCAAUCUGUUGUGGUCACCUCGACGUUGAUUAAGAUGUUGCACAAACAACAUUCGUCCCUUGUGGAGUCUCUUAAGCGAAGCGAUGGAGGAGAGAUUGCUGCUAUGCUUCUUGAAAUUGAGGAAGAAGAGGCGUUCCAUCUUAUGGAAUCUCCAGAUACUCUGAAAUGUAAACUUGCGGAUGCGGUCGAGUCACUUCGUGCGUCCACAAAUAGAACUUAA